AUGGCUGCGACAACCAAACGUGGACCAUCCGAGAUGGCGAAUGGCCACGGUAAUGCUACCCAGCCGUCGGGACAGACAGGGCGUUCUUUCUCAGCCCGAGCUCGCGAUUUGCCUCCAGGCAACUUGAACUAUACCGCUCGCAAGCCAGUUGCUCAAACCCCUCCGGGGCUUUCAGAAGAGUCCAUACCACGAGGACCUCCGACUGGUGUAUAUCCCCCAGACCAGAACAUGGCUAUGCAGGAAAAUGAGGAACCAACACCCUCACUCGAGGCACCGGCUAAUCCGGACCAGACAUUGCCCCCCACACGGUCGAGCACCAAGCAUUCAACUCCCGAGUCGCGGCGAGACUGGGCGUCAGAUCGAUCACCUCUCCAGAAGCUCGAGGUGACGUUGGAUGGCAUUACCAAAGAGGAAAAACGCGCGCGAGUCCAGGAAGCAGAAAUGCUACUCCGAGAACGGCUCGCACGCCAAAAGGCCGAACGAGAAAAAGCUGAGUUGAAAGCAACUGCUCGAUCAGAGCCAGAGCAAAGCAUGCAGACCGGGCAUCGACCCGCUUCUGGCACAGCAAGAAGAAAUGAGCAGGAACAUCGCGUCCGCGGAGGUGCCACAAGAGGUGGUUCUGUCAUGCCUCCCCAGCAACAGCCCAGAGGUGCCGCAGGUGCCGCAGUGCGUCACAGCAGAGCUGUUUCAACGAAUCCUCAAUAUCCAGCCGUGCGUCGCCCCGAGGACCCGCAGUAUGCACGCGCAGAAGCUGCCGUGCCACCAUCAGCAAAGAUGGACAAUGUUGCCAGAAAAUCGGUUAUGAUGAGUGGAUCAGCAGCAGAACAGAGCCCCGUGGGGAACAAUAUCACACAUGGUCGGGCAACAUCUCAGUCAGGGCCGCCAAGGCCAGCACAGACAACUACUGCGUCAAAUGCGGAGAGGAUAGACAAGACCUCGCCCGCACCUCGAGCCGCCCAGGGUAGUGCUGAGUCCCAGUCCAAGCCGAAACGGCAGACCGUGUCUUUUAAUGUGCCCCCGCCUACGCCCCCACCCAUCUUUGAUUGGAGAAAUGCACCUAUUGCACGACUCGAGGCGUCAGAUUUCGACUUCCAGCACCUUGAUAUCAAUCGCAGCAAAGCGUGGUGGGAAGGUGGUGGCACCACAAAUCGCAGAAAGAGCAGGGCUCUCCCGAAAAACUACCAGAAGCCGGCCCAGAAACUCACAGGAGUCACCGAACACAAAAACUUCCAACCCCCGCUGUUCCUGAGAUGCGGGCCCUUGCUACGAUACACGGGUAUCAAGCGAGUUCAGAUCGAUGGGGCUCACGGCCCUGUGGAAAAGGAGGUGUGGCGAGGGUCUAUCCUGAUUGUCACCAAAGAUUCUCGCUCCUCUUAUGACAAUCCGCCCACAUUGAGGCUUUUCUCUCAGCCAAUGGAUAUCCUGCCGCCUCCACCUGCAGAAAUCAGUGGCGAGGCUGGUAUUCAAUUGGCCCCCGAAUAUGUCGAUCCAACAGCCGGUCUCAUGAAAGUUGGUCGAGAUGGGCGACCCCUUUACGUCAAACCCGUUGAGCAUCUCGAAGAGGAAGUUGACUUGUCCUUUGUGGAGAACGACGACGGUAUCUACGAGCUUUCGCCCAGUCUUGUCGAUUACAGCAGUGAAGGGCCUAAACAACCCAUCCCUUCCAACCGAAUCCACUCCGUCGACGGUGAAACAGCGGAACUACACCGAGAUAUUCCCGGUGUUCGUCUGUAUGUUGACGGCCCAAGAGAUGUGACGUUCUGGAGGUUUAAUCUCGAGAUCGAACUGAGCGCAGAGCAGCAGCGAAUUGCAUACCGAAUCAACCAAGGGCCCGCUCUAGGAUUUUGGGUGCCGGCUAUCGGCCAGUCCAUGAACAUCAUGUUUCACAGCGGCAAUGGCUUCAGUCCCUCUGUUGAUUCUGACCGCGUUUGUGGUCCCGAUCCGCUCUGGCGCGAUGUCCUGAAUGAGCAUCAGACUCGACCAUUCCAUGUGAUGAUCGGGGAGGAAUGGAUGAAGAUCAAGAACACUUCAGAGAGAUACGGGGCACCCUUGACUCCUGAGUUCCGUGCUGAGCUGGAAGAGUUCUACCUUCGGCGCUAUGCUCAGUGGUUCUCUCAGGGCCUCUUCUCGCUCGCCAACUCUCAGAUCCCCAUGGUCAAUGUUUGGAAUGAUCAUGAAAUAUUCGAGGGCUACGGCUCUUAUCACGAUGACUUCAUGCAGAGCCUUGUGAUCUCCGGCCUCGGGAAGAUUGCGUUCAAGUAUUAUUUGCUGUUCCAACAUCACAGUGUGCCUGAUGAAACGGAGAUGGACGAGCCCAGCUGGCUGCUGGGUGCUCAUCCUGGCCCAUAUAUCGAGCAAAGAAGCCGAAAUCUUUUCAUGUCUCUGGGUCACGGGGUGGCGUUCUUGGGCCUGGAUUGCCGUACUGAACGAAAGAGCGACGAGGUACUCAGCGAAGAAACAUGCGAUUUAGUGUGGGAUAGAUGUCACCGAGAGAUCAUGAGGGGCGAGACAAAGCAUUUGAUUGUGCUUUCGAGUGUUCCAAUCGCUUACCCUCGAAUGGCAAUGGUCAAGAACUUCUUGAAUAGUCGCAAAUCACUCGGCAAGUCUGGGAUGUUGGGUGGACUGGUCAACCGGUCUGGCGGCAAUGUCGAGGUAUUUGAUGAUCAUUGGGCGGGCAAGCACUUAAAGUCUGAACGGACAUGGUUGGUCGAGGAUCUUCAGGACCUGGCGGCGGAGAAGUCUGUGCGAGUCACAAUAUUGAGUGGUGAUGUUCAUAUGGCGGCCAUUGGACAAUUCUAUUCGAACCCGAAAUUGAAUAUCGCCAAGGAUCGCGACUAUCGAUAUAUGCCAAACGUCAUCUCCUCUGCCAUCGCCGACCUCCCGGAGACAGAGUUGAUCUCGGACAUGCUCAACAAGCGGAACACGGUGCAUCACAUUGACUCGAACACUAACGAGGAUGUCAUUCCCAUCUUCACCCAAGACGUGGACGGCAAGCCUCGAAACAACAAGCGGCUCCUCCCCCGACGGAACUGGUGCUCGAUCCGAGAGUAUCACCCCGGGUUCACGCCACCCGGCACGCCAGAUUCGGCUACAGGACCCCCACCUGAACCACGCCCUGGUAUGCUUCAACGGACCCUAUCGCUGGGCCGCGGGGACAAGAGGCCGAACAGUAGUCGACCUGGCGGAGGGCUUCUCCGCCGACUCUCGACCCGCGGGGCACCCCCCACGAGAACUAUGAGCUUCAACCAGGGAGAGAACGGUGUUGCCCCGAACCGACGAUCAAGUAUCGACGGACCCUUCCCGCCGCCCGAGAAUGGGGACAGCUAUUUCCGGGGGGCAGCAGCGCCGCCUCCACGGCCCGGCCCGUUCCACCGACGACCGACCAAUCUCAGCGAGAAGACGGGCAAGCGAUCAACGAAACAAGGCGACGACGGCGCAGGCGCCUACGUCGACCUGAAAAACGGGCUGGCCAUCACCCUGAAUCUGGAAAUCAACCCACAGGAGCCAUCAGGUGCCACGCUGCCCUACAAGCUGCUGGUACCCGUGCUGCGCUACCAGGGGGGUGAUGACGACCCACCACCCACGCAGGUGGUCAAGGGCUGGCGGAAGUGGCUGAAUAUGCCGCGCCGAAAGAAGAGCACUGAGGGCGAGGAUGAUGCUAGUGAUGACGAUGAUGACGAACUAGACGAUGACCACGAGGACUAUGACUUGAUCAAUAAUACCCGCGCCAAUGCAGCCCCGCCGAUCCAGUAUGAGGGAUAUCCGGGGAGUGAAGAGGAGGGUUCUGAUGGCGAAGUGCCGCAGCGGCUGCCGCGUGAGGCCCUGGCUGGAGAGUCUCCGCCAGAGUCCGAGGAACCGGGCCGGCAGCGGAAGAAGUGGUUUGGAGUGAUCUAA